GAGAGAGACGGAGGCAGGUGGAGGGCGCAAACGGAGAGAGAAAGAGAGAGAAACCAAGUGGGAAGGGAAAAACAAGAUGAAGGGAAGAGAGGAAAGGAGAGCUGCCUCUCGUAAACCACGCUGACAGAAACGCGGAGAGAAGGAAGGAGGCAGUGAGGACGAGGAGGACUGGAGAAGCCAGUGACUCUUGCACGGUUUCAAGCAGAGGGAAAGAGACGGUGGAAGAGGAGGAAGAGGAGUGCGAUGCUUCAGUCCAGCGCUGCCUGAACCAAACCAGGAGAGAAGGAGAGGAGCAACAGAGAGGAGGAGAAGGAAUCCAUUGGGUGGAAGAAAUGAAGAGGAUGGAGGAGCAGAGAACGAGCAGAGACACAGAUCCCCGGUUACUCAGGCUCACAUGAGUGUAUGGACCUGAGGCUGCCCAGAGUUACUACAAGAUGCUGUCAAAGAACCAGUGUGUGAGGGCGGAGUGAUGGAUGCCUGUUUGCACAAACUACCUUGAAACUCAGUAGAAGUAGAUGAGCGCUGGUGUGUCUGCGUGCUGGAGCAGGUGUGUGUGUCAGUGCGAGAACAUAUGACACAGCAGCUGUUGUAGGAGGUGACAGGGUCCGGUGCACCCAGAGAAGGGACACAAGGAGGGAGGCAGGAAGACAGACACAUGGACGAAGAAUAACACACACAGUCAACGAUGAGUGUGUGUGCAGCGAGCAAGUAGACGAGCUUCAGUCCAACCAUCUCAGGUGCAGUUAAGGGCGUGUGUACUUUGGGACAGCACCUAAAGAAAAGAAACUCACAAUGAGGUGCCACUGAGCUCCUUCGAGGUUGACUCCUCUUUAAACACCGGACAAGCCACCUGACGCCGCUCCCUACCUCAUUGCAACCCAACAAGUGGACUUGAAGACUCAGAAGAAGGGACCAGCUCCGGUGCCCUGCUGACUGGGAAGCCCCCAGCUGAUUUCCUUUGCCCAGUGGAUGCCUCCUGACUCCAACCAUGGGAGAAUGGACCAUCCUAGAGCGCCUCCUAGAGGCCGCUGUGCAGCAGCACUCUACUAUGAUCGGAAGGAUCCUGCUGACAGUAGUGGUGAUCUUCCGUAUCCUGAUCGUCGCCAUCGUGGGUGAGACCGUGUACGAGGAUGAGCAAACCAUGUUCAUUUGCAACACUCUGCAGCCAGGUUGCAAUCAGGCCUGCUAUGACAAGGCCUUCCCCAUUUCCCACAUUCGCUACUGGGUCUUCCAGAUCAUACUGGUGUGCACGCCCAGCCUCUGCUUCAUCACCUACUCCGUCCACCAGUCGGCCAAGCAGAAAGACCGGCGCUACUCUUUUCUCUAUCCCAUAAUGGAGAGGGACUACGGGGGAAGAGACGGGGCGCGGAAGCUCCGCAACAUUAAUGGAAUUCUAGUGCAACAUGGCGGUGAUGGUGGAGGAGGGAAAGAAGAACCAGACUGCCUGGAGGUGAAGGAGAUCCCCAACGCCCCGCGGGGCCUCACCCACGGGAAGAGCUCCAAGGUUCGCCGGCAAGAAGGGAUCUCCCGCUUUUACAUCAUUCAGGUGGUGUUCAGAAACGCACUGGAGAUUGGCUUCUUGGCAGGCCAAUACUUCCUUUACGGCUUUAGUGUGCCUGGGAUUUUCGAGUGUGACCGCUACCCAUGUCUGAAGGAGGUGGAGUGCUACGUGUCCCGUCCCACAGAAAAAACGGUUUUCCUGGUGUUCAUGUUUGCGGUGAGUGGCAUCUGCGUGGUGCUCAACCUGGCCGAGCUCAACCAUCUGGGCUGGCGCAAGAUCAAGGCCGCCAUCAGGGGCGUCCAGGCCCGCAGGAAGUCUAUCUGUGAGAUCAGGAAGAAGGACAUGGCGCAUCUGUCCCAGCCGCCCAACCUGGGACGCACGCAGUCCAGCGAAUCAGCCUACGUCUGAUGAUGAAGAGAAGAAAAAAAAGAGGAGGUGUGGGGUGAAUGUGCAAGAGCGAGGAUGAAUUAAUUAUGAUUUUAAUUUAAUGAAGACGGAGUGGAGACGGCCCCUCCUCUGCGAUGAUGUGAAACAGAAUGUAAAAAGACCAAACCUCCGGCUCUACGACUUUGAGAGUCGAGGAGGAGGAGGGGAAGAAGAAAAUGAGAAAAAAAAGCAUAGAGAGACGAUAAAGGAGGACAAAAAGUUCAGUUCUGCAAAUGAACACAUUUUGGUCUCAUGGGGGAGAUAUUCCAACUGCCAUUUUAUACUUUUGUCUUUCUUUUUUAAACUAAUUAACUUCUUCUCUGCCCCUCAAUUCUUCUAAAGUGGGGAAUUAAAUCCUCAAGGGGCUGGAGAGGGAAGGACUAGAGAUGAGACGAUGAGGAGCAGGGAGAGGAGAGCAGAUGAGAGGCUGUUUUGUAUUCUUUGGGGAUAUUGGAAGAUGACGGCGGCGUUUGAUGCAUCCCAUGGUGCUUUACUUCUGGAUUGUGUCAGCCUCAAUGAAAAAGGGAGGACUAGUUUGGGGAUGGGAUCGGGAGGAUGAGCAGCAACAUCAUUAAAAGAGGAGCGGAAGAACUGUCAAAGCCAUGACGGACUCUAGAGAACGAAGGCAAGUUUGUAAAGGGAGGGAGAGUAGGUGGGAAAUAUCACACUCUGGGAAAAGCAUAUGAUACACCCGAGGAGGGAGAGAAGAGAGUUUUUCUUUCGCUUCCUCUCCUCGCCGGAGACUCGAGUUUGUCCGAAGCCAAGAGAGAAAGAGCUGCCUCUGAUCAGUGUCAACCUCACCUCCGUUGGAACAUCGUCACAAGCCAAAACCAAGAGAAAAAGACUGACGAUGUUUAUGUUUUGUCUCUUGGCAAAAGAUGAUGUUAACACAAACACAGCAAGUACCAUAAACACUUUUUUUCUCUUUCCUCCCCCCUAUCUCUCGCUCUCUCUGCUCCGCGGUUGGCAGCUAUAUAGACCCCAGGGGCUUCUGAUGACAGUAAUGACUCUCGCUGCUCUCCCUCUGCGUAAACUUUGGAGAGGAACUAAUGAACAAAUGGACAAACAGCGUGUAAACGUCGAGUCUCUCCUAAAGCACAAACCAAACUUCCCUCCUUCCAGCAUUCCAGUGUGCUGAGAGACAAAGGAGAGACAGAAAGAGAGGGGAGGAGAGAAAAGGGAACGGGAGCUUGUAGAGUAUAGGGAACAGAUCACUUUAUUACAACUUUAAACAAAUUUUAUAAAAUAUAUCACCAUGAGUUAUGUUUUUGUUUUUCUUUUUUUUUUUUGAGAAAGCGAUGGUGCCAUCCUUGAGAUAUUUAAUUAUUGUUGAAAAGUUAUGUAGAGUAUAUCAUGGUAAUAUUAUUUAUCCAUUUAGAUUAUAUCCAAAUAGAUUUAUUUAUCUUUGCGUGCGGGUUGGUCGGGACAUCAUGUUGCUGUUUUUUUUUUUUUUUUCAAAUGUAUAAACUGUCUGUCUUUUUUUUUCAUUUUUUGUUUAGUUUAAAGCAUUUCUCACUGAAGGAACUGAUUCAUGGCAUGUACGGGGGGUGGGGAGGGACAAGUUUGUGAGCUUCGUUUUUGAAUUGAGGCUGUGCAGCUGACUUUUUUAUUCGUAGAAACCUGCAUUGCAAUUGUUAUUUAAUUGCAGUCAAAGUGUAGAACGAAGCGUCUUCAUGCAUAUUCUACAGAGAGCCUUGGGUUCCUUCGAAAUCAGCUGCACAGCUUCAGACAAUUAAGGCCUGCGAGCCAUUUGAAAAAGGCAUGUUUACAUGAUGCAAUGUUUCUUGAAUGAUCAAGCUGUGUAGCCGAUGACUAGUAACUCGCUAGGGACAGUUGUGUUUUUUGAAUCUCAGUGGUUUUCAUUUUGCAUUUCUUUUUCCUGACUGGAUUUCAGCAUGCAUGCCUUGUAAGAGAAAAAAAACGACAUGAAAGAAAGAAAAAAAAAAACGAUAAAGAUGACAGAGAGUGUUGCACCUUGAUUAAUGCAGACGAGUGGGAGAGUGGCAGACUGAAGGAACUCGAGUUGGCAGCUCGAAGGCUGCUUUGUCGGACACACUCGGUACAUAAUUUAAAACGGGGAGCUCUCACACUGCGAGCUUGUGAAACCAGACAUAGAGACAGUUCAGUGGACCUCAUGUGGCGUCUUUGAAGGAAAAAGUUGUUAUUUAACUGACAUGAGCACACACCCACACACCUGUUCCUCACUGCAGUUCAUGUUUGUUGAUCCUGUUGCAGAGACUAAGAUAUUGGUGUUCUGGUAAUCAGCUAACUGAGGAAAAAUCUAACGCUGGUCUAAACAUACUGUCGCAGAUCAGUAGUCUGAGCUUUAGCCCUUCCACUGCAAACUAAAUGGCCUUAUAGCUCAACACUGCAGUAGCUUAACACUGCCACGUUUGGGGCUUUGACUCCUACAGGGGCCACCCGUGCACUACUGCCACUCUCACGGCGUUUGUAUGACUACUGUGGAUAAACACAUUAGCAGACAUGUUAUACCAAACUGCAGCUACAGUAUAUAUUGUGCUCCCUUUUCAACCUCUGCCACUAGAUAGUAGCGUUAACUGUUGAAAAUGUGAAGAAAACACCGUUGUAAGAAUCUUUGUGAUUUAAAAUUCCGUUGUAUCUUCUUCCCUGCAACUUGCCUUAUCUGCUUGUGCUUCGAUUAGCGACUUCCUACAUUUCUAACAAUGCCUUUGGAAAGCUCCCUGGUCAAUAUGCUAAGAAUAGAUACAAAAAAAUAGCUCACCCCAACAAAAAUGCUAAAUAAAUUGCACCUGAUUGCAAAUGUAUUUUUAAUAGUUCAAGUGCAGCUUUUGCCAGUCCACUAAAGCUCUACAGUCGAUGUAAAAUGUUUACAUUCUUUAUUAUCUCUGUCUUUUGUAGUGAUUUUUUUAAAGAUGAAACACACAUGUCAUCAAUUAGCAUUGCAGCUGUUCUGGAAAUACCUUGACAGCACCACGAAUACACUGGAGCAACUGUAACAGCUGACAUAGCAGAAGAAAUCCCCCCAACUUUCUGUUUCUCCAUUCACUCCCACUGUCAUAAUCUCCAUGAUUCUUACAGGUGAUUAUCCCCAGAUUUAGACUGAGGAUCUCUGUGGGGCUCAAUGGCAUCGGUGCGGUCUACUGUACGCACUAGGAAGGACGAAUACGCUGAAAGGGCACGCCAGAAUGCCUAAUAAUAGAGGUUGAGUCAUGGCUUCCCUCAGUUAGUGAGAGCUUGUGCUUCUAGCGAAGGCUUAAACGCUGACCUUGAGCUUAAAGGCCAAGCCGAUGUCCUGUACUAUACGCAGUCACUGCGAGCUGCAGCACUGAUCUAAUCUGCACAGAGCACAGGUCAAUGCUGGUGUGAGGUCUAUUUUUAGUGACUUGUAGAUACACACAUGCUGAACAUACAUUCAUUUUAGGAAAAACAACCACAUCUUGAACGUGAGAAGAGCGGUGUGAGUUCCUCCUCUUGGAUUCUGUUGUUAUGUCUGGUUUCAUUCAGGACGGAAACAUACACACACAGCGUGAGGACGUCGAGGGCCAUAAAUGUGUCCUGGUCUUCUUCGGUUUACAUUCAUCCAGCGUUCAUUAGUGACUCACGACUCCUGCAGUUAGACACUCAGUGGGUACACCACUGUCCAAAGUAAAAGCAGGCCCCAGUUCUUCCAACAGUCCACUACUCUCCACAGUCUACUUUUCUAUUUGUCAAUGUGAAAUUAAUUAUGCAACUUUUUUUUUUUCUCAUUUGCUUCUCUUUAUGACUUGUGGGUUAAUUUUGUUGUCUGUUGCUCUUUUUGUGCAGUGACAUAUCAAAAAAAGAAAGAUGUUUUUUUUUAUGUAAAGGAACAAAAAGUUUUUCAAUGUGUAAAACCAAGGGUAGAAUGUUGAAAUAUAAGACUAGCAGAAAAAUAUGUUAUAUUUCCUCCCUUGCCAAAGUGAUAUGCAAAAUUUCAUUCAUUUUCAAAGAUUUUUUAUCUGCAUGUGUAACAGCUAGACUAAGCAUGUUUCUAUGUUUUCUUCAGCAGAAUCUUUAAAGAAAGACUUUUUUUUUAGCUCCAAUCUACGAAGCAAAGCUAUUACAUCUUGAUGCCAAGUGUGUAUAUUAAUUACCCAGUUCUUCAGACGGUACAGAGCCAGGCAGACAACUCAGUGAUGUUAAAACUUCCUGUUAAAGUUUAUCACUCUCAGUUUCAACUCCCAAAAGAUUCUGAAAACCGCUCCAUACAGUAAAUCUUCUACUUUAAGAAAUUUGCACAUGAAUAUAUACCUUUAUAAUCUGCUGUAGAAGAUGAUUAUAAGCCAAUCAGUCUACUGUAAAACACAGGGUACACAAGAAUAUAAGCAUACAGGUUAAAGACUGGCACCAUGAGAUGCCAGACGCCAGAACAUUCCAGGGUUUAGUCCCCAGCACAAUGUGUAAUUAACCUCCAAUUUACAGCCUCUUUAUGUGUUAAAUAUAAUUAAGUCCUCAGUGAAACUCCUCAUGGACACUUUGUUAGAGAACAGUACAGUGACACUCAGGAAAGACAACAAUGCUGAUCUUUUAAAUCUUUUCUAGUAAAAACAAAAAUGUUGUUUCUACAUUAACACACAAGAACGCUCUCAGAGAAAUGGUAUCACGACAUGUCAGCAUACUUUCCAUUGACCAUCCUAACCUUGUACUGUAAAGCCCACCCAAGACAAUUCUCUCAAAGCCUGAUUAUUUUACCUGUUGGUGCUAAUAACUUCGGACUCUUAACCAAAAACAUGAAUUCAGAUACAUUCCCUUGUCUUGAGCACACAUCUGCUGCCCCACAUAUCACAGGUCAUGUAGCAAAGCAGGUCUCCUUAAAACUAAAGCUGUUAACUCUUGACUGUUACUAACCAUGUCCGCAACAGCAGGUAAUGAGAUCAUUUCCAUUAAAACCCUUCGCUGACCUUGUUCUGCAGAUGAGUAGCAAACAAUUUGAUUCCUCAGGAAUGCAGCAAGUAAUUGAGCUGCGUCAUUCAUUAAAACAAAGCUACCACAUUACUCUACUGCCAAAACGAUGCUAGAUUAACUUAGUAAUUAUGUAGCCAAUCCUAAGGGCUGCUUGAAGGCCCUCGAGCAAGUUUUGGAAGCACCCCUCUUAUACAUUAAGGGCUUCGUACUUAUUACAAACUAAAAAGCCAUAGUUUAAAAAAAAGAAAAAAGAUUUCCAACUUGACUUGGCGCAUUACUUUGAAAGAAACGUGCACUCAUGGGCCAAGAUUAAUCACAUUUAAACGAUUAAGUGAUCGUUUUUGCAUUCAAACUGAAAAUUAGACGUUAAAAUGAAAAGCUUUCUACUAUGUUUAAUCGAAUGAGAAAAAAAUGUAAGUUAUAAAGCUCCUUUUAUCCAGAUGUUCAGCUUCAAUUUUCAUUUUAGAAAUAAAAUGCUCCCUCCUCCCCCUUCCCUCCUGCCCUGUCUGAUACUGGUGCUGCCGCCGCACUGUAGAGGCUAGAUUAUAACCAUUUCAGGGUUCAGAGAAGGACCUCUUAACCUCUCGCUAAUCUGUCAUGAUAUCAAUCGUGAUUACUUCGUCUAAUUACACUGAGUGGCAGAUACAGGCAGGGUGGGAUUUAAACCACCAUCCGGAUUUGACCAAAUACCCCCGUGCAUCUCUCUCAUCUCUCUCUCACCGGCUCUGCAGCCACCUCCUGCCAGCAGGUCGUGGAAGUGAGAUUAUGACCUGAGAUAGCUUCAGUCUGUGUCUCUAAAAUUCAAUAAUUUGCAGACUGUUGAUUCAUAGUUUUAAUUGGAAAGGGGCAAGACUAUCUCCUCGUGAUCUUAGACCAGGUCACCUAUAUGUCGACUGUGUGAGGAGCCAGAUGUUACAAUGAGAGGGGUGAAUGGUGACGUGUCAGGGGAGCGGGGGAGCAACGUCAAGUUUAGCCAAUAUUUGGCAUUCUAUCUUAUCGUAUUUAAUACACAGUAAGAGAUGAUAUUUAAGGGAUCAGAAAAAGGGAAAAUAGUUAAAUAUCUUAGCCCUAGAAACUCGUCGUUCUUAAGCUUAGCUUCUACUGUGACAUCUGCACGGAUGUAAAAGCAUGGACUGAAAAACAGAAAUGAAGAAACAGACACUUCAAACACACUCACGCUUUGUAACCUUCAUCUGAAACUCUGUCGUUUUCCGACUGCAGAUUUUAUGGUGUACCUGACGGACCUUCGCUGAAGGUUCACUGUAUAUUUCUGACUGGUGUACUGUAUGUAAAGACUGAAUAAAACCUUGAAUGUUACAUCAAGCCUGGAGUGGCCUCGUGCCUGCUGAUUUAUGACCUGUGAGCGUGUGUGUUCAUGCAUUAUGUGCAU